UUCUGCCUCAGCUUUUGUCUCGAGCUGCACUGUCACACGCAAUAGUCAGCAUGACAAGCUCUCACACCAUGCAAUAUAUCGGACUUCUGUUGCUGGCUGCAAUUCUCCUCCAGACAAUAGCUGUGGCUGUAACUUUCAUAUACUUCAGCAACGUUUUAACGACGAUGAAAGAAACUUUCUCCAAGAGCAGUGUUUCGUGCCUGAUGCGCGCCAACCUCAGGACGAUAAAGGGUCAGGAGUUAAACGCGGCGGAGGGAAAAGACGACCCCUGCUGGCAGGUCACGCAACAGCUCCACUUUCUGAUUGAAAAGUCAAUGUCCAGUCGUUAUCAGAAAGAAAUUUCAUCAGCCGUCAAAGAUGAAGUCUCUCGUGUACUCCCCUCAUUGGUGAUCCAAGACCAAGACGAUUCCCCUCGGCCUAAGAUAGCAGCACAUGUGACAGGCAGCUACACACCCGAUACCGAAAAAGAUGGAGGAGGUCUACCGAACAGGAAGGGCUACGGCCAGAAGAUUCAAUCGUGGGAAUCUGAAAAGGGUCUGGCUUUCCUCCAGAAUGUAGAGUUAAGUGAUGGAGAAUUGGUGGUGCCACAGGCUGGCCUAUACUACAUCUACUCCCAAACUUACUUCAGACACACGCUAAUCGAGGAAGACGAAAGUGACAAGGAGGUAGAAGGCACUUCGGGCGAGUCUGUUCGGGGCAAACCGAUGCUACAGUAUGUUUACAAAAAAGUGAGCUCGUACCCAGUGCCUAUUCUGCUAAUGAAGAACGCACGGACGACAUGCUGGUCCCGUGACACGGAAUAUGGGCUGUAUUCCAUCUACCAAGCUGGGCUUUUUCAGUUAGGAGGAGGGGACAGGGUGUUUGUGACAGUCAGCAACGUGAGCACUAUCGACAUGGAUGAGAAGUCAAGUUUCUUCGGUGCAUUCUUAGUAAGCUAAGCGCAAAAGUGAUGCACAAUGGAAAAACGCACCUCUCGGUUUGUUUUGAGUGCCGCUCUACAAGAUGAGCGACAAGACUCAGCUUGCUCGGUAUUUUUACCAAAGCUAUCUUUGAAAGGCAGCCAAAUGCCUUAAAACAUUUGGAUGUGCUGGCCGAGAUGCACUGUCUCUUGUCAAAACAGUUAACUUUGAUUGAUGAGAUGUUUGAAGGGUGUAAAUAUUUGGCACUUUUUUUUACGUUUGGCCUGCAAAUCUAGUCAUAAAUCAGUUUCUAGGUGAAAUCUGUGUUGGAAUGGAAUGGAAUGCCCUGCGAGAGGAGAGGCGAGAACUCAUCACAUCUGUCUGCAGGAGCAAAAGAAAUGCAAGGGGCUUGCCAGGUCAUUUGGACGCAAGUCGUUUGGACACGGUGGAUCACUUUGGUGUGUCUGUCUGGGCAGGAAAGGAAGGUGUGACUAUGUGCAAGUGUGCCUUAGGAUGAGCUGUAGGCUUUCCUUGGAUCUGUGACUUCAUGUUGCAAUUACAUUUUCUUCAUAUGUGUAAAUAGCAGAGCUAAACUGCAUAUUUUGGGACAUUGAAAUACGUGAAAAGAGACUUUUCAUUGUUUUGGCUUUAAAGGCGAAGCGUGUAAUUUCUAUCAUCACCAAACAGAAUUGCACAAACAAUGACCUGGUCUGCUGAACACUUCCCCCAUCUUCCAUUGGCUGGACUAACAGUGUCCCAACCCAAACUCACGCCAUUGGUUGAGCCAGUGUUGCUGUGUCAGCUGGUAGGACACUCAAACAAACAGAAUGUUUUGAAAGAACCAAUGAGCCACAGUGUUAUACUUUUCAGAGGAAUCAACCUACGAAUAGCCUACUUAAACUGUAGUUGACCCUACAUAUUAAGCUGGGAUAGAAGAAAAUAUUUUAACAUCCAAAUGAUUACACACUUCACCUUUAAGAAUGGCCCAAAUUUAAACACACUCUUGUGAUGUGAUCUCUGUAUUUUAUAAAUCAUUCCUUGAUUGUAUUUUUGAGGUAUUGUGAUUGUCUGUGUUGGCACUAUUACUGUGUGUGUCUGUAUGUGUGAGUAUGUUCAUUAUUUUUUACAGCAUAAUUCAUUCCAAGUGCUCUCCAGCACUCCCGUUUUCUUGGUAAGCAUGAAUCUAUGACUGUACAUAACCAAAAUGUGAAAAUCACUGUGACAUUUUGUUAAAGGGUAAAUUGUCUUGUACAUAAUUUCUUUUGUAUAUACAUUUACCAUUGCCAAAUAUAUGAGGAAUGUACAGAUGUAAAAAUGCUACACCUGAGACCACACUAAAUAAAGUCUUUUCACUA